AUGCGGUUGAAACGCAGGUGCCACUCGCUGAACAGCAAAUUAACCUACACCCAAUCAGAACUCGCAGAAGUUAAAGAACACCUGGACGAAGUCCGGGCCCAGCUCGUCGAGACCAAGGUGCAGUUAAACGAGGCCUUGCAACAGCCAAUCAGAUCGUCAUAUUCGCCUCAUCCUUCAGCGGAUCGCUCGGACAGUUCGGUACAUGUGCAGAGACAAACGUCUACGUCUGACUACACACCACACCCACCCACCGAUAGGCACGGCCGAGGGAGUGCGCAUGGGGAAACAUGUGCAUAUGGGGCGGAAGCGGUCCACGGACGGCAAGAAACAGGUGCAUAUGGGGAGAGAGAGGUCCAUGAACGGCAGGAAAUAGGUGCAUAUGGGGAGAGAGGAGUCCAUAAACGGCAGGAAAUAGGUGCAUAUGAGGAGAGAGAAGUCCAUAAACGGCAGGAAAUAGGUGCAUAUGGAGGUGAGCAACCACGUGCGGAUAUAUACACACAGCUGGCGGUGGAAGAACGGCCACAAGCCAAAUCACGCCCAACCGCACAGAGAAGAGGACAGGUGCAAACUGCACCAGAACAGAGACAUACAGGUUAUGCGAAGAGUCCGGACACGGCGCAAUUGAAUAAGCAACAACCACAGCAUACACAACAACCACGACACACACAACACACACAACUCACACACCCACCACCAGAGAGAAAGAGCCUUGGACUAGCAUUGCAACACACACAGACGGGAGAAGCUCAACGGACACCCUCACGAGAUAUCGAGAGCCCUAAGGGACAGUACAACCAAUUUGGCCUAUGCAGUAUACCGGAGGCACCUGGCGAGACACCGGAAGCGCGAGAGUAUCGGAGAAGGGAGAAUGAGAUCCAAAAUCACGGGCAGAAUGGGUCCCAAAUUCAGGGAAGAGGACAGGGCCACUGGCGGGGGCUGAAAGAGGCGCAGGCACACGCAUACUCACAAGGUGUGGGGAAGGAACCAGCAUCAGAAGGAGUGCAGCUACACACAGGGGCACACACACCACACCACACCCACCACGCACCCAACACACACACCACUCAGUACACACACUCGAGCAUACCUAGCCACAGUACCGCACCGACGGCCCGAGACGAACAGAGAAGUGGCGAGAGAGGAGGUGUACCACUGGUCAAUUGGCACAUAGAGGGAGCGGGUGAUGAUGUGGACAUGCACUCUGCGCAAGUGGCAGGGGAGAUGAAGGAUGUUGCGGGUAUACGUACACGCGCACGUACACGCACGGGUACGGGUACUGAAGCGCACACCGGACAUGAUACAUUGAGAGUGGAAGCGUCGGGUGUAUUGAGGGAGAGUCAGAGGUAUGACGGGUGUGGGAGGGUGGGAGUUUUAGUAUAUAG